AUGACUCAGAACAGCCAUUCAACUGAUCGUGGUGGUGCAAAAGAUGCAGCUGACCAAAAUUUUGAUUAUAUGUUUAAACUUCUGAUUAUCGGGAAUUCUAGUGUUGGAAAAACAUCAUUUUUAUUUCGUUAUGCUGAUGAUUCAUUUACGUCAGCAUUUGUUAGUACAGUUGGAAUUGAUUUCAAGGUCAAAACCGUCUUUCGGCAAGAUAAACGUGUUAAAUUACAAAUAUGGGAUACAGCUGGUCAAGAACGUUAUAGAACAAUAACAACUGCUUACUAUCGAGGCGCCAUGGGAUUUAUAUUAAUGUAUGAUAUAACAAAUGAAGAAUCAUUUAAUGCUGUUCAAGAUUGGGUCACUCAGAUUAAAACAUAUUCAUGGGAUAAUGCUCAAGUUGUAUUAGUUGGUAAUAAAGGUGAUAUGCAAAAUGAAAGAAUCGUGCAAUAUGAUCAGGGAGAUAAAUUAGCAUCAUCUCUUGGAUUAGAAUUUUUUGAAACAUCAGCAAAAGAAAAUAUUAAUGUCAAAGCCGUAUUUGAACGACUAGUGGAUAUUAUAUUGGACAAAAUGACUGAUGGCGUUGAGGAUCCGAGUGCUGCCGGUAAUUAUGGAGGCCAAAAUGCUGGCGGAUAUAAUAAACAAACAACACGCUUAACUGCAAAUGAUCAACAUCAAAAAGGAAGCAGUUGCCAGUGUUGA